AUGCAGACGAGGAAAUUGACAUGCCUGCUGCGCCUGCACCUGGCAACUUCAUCAGAAGACGCGGAGCCCGAUCGUUCAUUAUUGGGAAGCAUUUAUACAUUGAUGGUGGUCAGAUAUGUCAACGUCGUCAAGGAGAAUAUCGGGAAAGUCAGGGUUCGUCAACUCAUCUCAAUGGAGAACAUCAGAUUAGAAACCUAA